AUGUCCGUCGAGGUAAACAAUACAUCUAGCCAAAUUGAUCCUACUAGAACACAAAAUGGCACCGGAAAGCCGACUAAGCAGAUAAUCGACGUCGCUGAGCGCUAUGACGAGUUAGGCGACAAAGAUGGGAUUUUGGAGAAGAUCAAGGCCGGUAUCUUACACCUUCACCGAUUAGGCCUUGUCCAUAAUGAUAUCAACCCCGUGAACAUUUUGCUAGACCAGGAUGAUAGUCCGGUCAUCUGUGAUUUCAACUUCUACACACCUGUUGGACAUAGCUUGGAUGCUAUUGGACGAACAUAUGAGUGGUAUGAUGAAAAUGUACAAUUUGCAGAUCCAAGGAAUGACUUGGAUCCUUUCGAGGAGAUAUGUGAGCGAGUGGCUACGUGA